AUGAUGAAUCAAGGAGAAGAUACCCCGAUUCUUGACUCCAAACUUGAGAUAAAAAGGAGACUGGUGUUGGAUAUUGAGGUUGCUGUUAGUAGUUCGGGAAGUCUUCGUAUUAGAAGUGAUUAUAGCCAACUUAACAUUUCUUGGCAAUUUCCUGCAAUGGGCUAUGUGAAGAUCAAUUCUGACGAUGCAGCUAGCAAUCAUUGGACUCACCAAAGGAAAGACGUGAUUGUGAUUGAUAAUUUCUUCACUGAGAGGAAGGAGAACCUGGUGCACUUGUUUGGGAACCCGAGUUUCGAGCUCAUUCGUCACGAUGUGGUGGAUCCUAUUCUGUUAGAGGUCACUAUAAGAAAAAAGGGAUUUGAUGGCGGUGGUACUGGGGGAGUUAAAAAACCGCCCCUAUGCAUUACUUUGGAUGGAAAUGAUCGCGCGCCAAUUGAUAUUUGGAAAUCACAAUAUUCUAAAUACUACUAUGGAUGCAAAGAAAGGGGACUUCAUUUUACUCGUUUACAUAACCUAACAUUGGUGCUUUCAUCCAGUACUCACGUUCUUGCUUCGAUGACGAAGGUUCAAGAACUCUCUGAGGAAUUGCAUUCCUUUCAACAACGUGUGGAGACAAAUUUUGAGGAACUUCGUGCGCAAGCAACACGACAAGAUGUUGAGACCAGAACCCAGAUUUCGUUGCUGGUUAAUCAAAUGCAACAGUUACAUGAUUCUCUCCUUGCUGAUCAAGCACAGCGGCACGCUUCGUCACAUCUCAAUACUCCAUCUCCUUCUCACAAUUCGCAUCGACCAGAGACUAUGGAGCAUCGUUCCUUACUCAAGGGUGUCCGCAUGGAAAUACCAGUUUUCAAUGGUCAUGAUCCUAAUAAUUGGAUCUUUAAAGCUGAACUGUUCUUCACUCUGCAGAUGAUUCCAGAAGAUUCAAAGGUAGCCUUGGCUGGGUUGAAAAUGGACGGCAAUGCUGCUUCCUGGUUUCAAUGGACUUUUAACACAGGUAAAGCUCGUGCUUGGUGUGACUUCACUUAUGCUCUUCGUCAACGUUUUGGUUUGCCUGGCUUUACCAAUUUAAAAGGAGCAUUAUCAAAACUGACCCAAUCCUCAUCUCUUCGUUUUUUUAUUCAACAAUCUGAGGCUUUGGUUAAUCAAAUUCCAGAUUUAGAUGAUGAUCUUCUUAUGAAUUUCUUUGUUUCGGGACUUCAAUCUGAGCUUAGAGGUGCUGUCCAAUUACGCGAACCUGUAUCCUUGCACCAAGCCAUUCAACUUGCCAUGGCUUAUGAUGAUCACUUUAGUGACUUAAAGAAUUCCUUUCAAGGAGCUCCAAAGAAAUUUUUUCCCAAACCGGUUCAAGUAACUGAGGUGUCUUCAGGUGGUUCCAACACUGCUACAGUUGCUCACGGUACUUCCCAUCCACAUUCCAAUCAACCAAGGUUGGCUUUACCACCAUCUAAUCAGUUGAAAAGGGUGUUUAAUGCUGAUUUACAUAAGAGGAAAGAAUUGGGCUUAUGCUUUACUUGUGAUGAGAAGUGGACUUCCAAACACAUCUGUAAGAACAAAUUGAUGUUAUUGGUGGGGGAAGAGGAGGAAUUACAGGAUGCUCAGGAGGAGGAAGAGAUUGUUUGGCAGGCUGAUAACUCAGUUGGUGAAUCUAAGGAUGCUUCACUACAUACUUUAAGUGACAAAAACCAUUUUCGUGCUUUGGUUUUCAAGUCAGCUUUGGGAGGUAGGCCAUUUUCUAUUUUAGUUGAUUCUGGCAGUACUCACAAUUUCAUCCAGAAACAACUAGCAAUUCAUCUGUCCUUACCUAUGUCUCAUUCACACAGAAUUAGGGUGUUUUUGGGUAAUGGUGCUGUAAUGUAUUCUGAAAAGAAAUGUCUGAAGGUUCCAUUGUUGAUUCAGGGAAAUUUGUUUGUAUGUGAUUUGUGGAUUUUGGAUUUAUCUGAUAUUGAGGUUAUAUUGGGCAUGCCUUGGUUGGAAGGUCUUGGUAAAGUAACUCAUGAUUAUAUAAGGAAGUCAAUGGAGUUUGUGUGGGAAGGUAGCUCUAUUUCUUUACAGGGGCAAAAUGGAAAUUCUGUUUCUUCUAGCUUGAAUGUUUUUCUCACUUCUGAGUGGGCAAUGUGCAAUUCUUUGCAUGUAGACCAGGAUUCUAAUUUGCAGGUCACCAACAUUCCUGGGUUGGCAGAAUUGGAACCAGCAAUUCAUCCUCUAUUGUGGUCCAUAUUGCUGACAUUUCAGAAAGUGUUUUCACUACCUGGUGGUUUACCCCCAUUUAGAGGACUAGACCAUUCAAUUCAUUUGGAGGAAGGCACCAAACCUGUCAAUGUUAGACCUUAUCGUUAUGGUCAUAGCCAUAAAUCUGAAAUUGAGAAACAAGUAUCCGAAUUAUUGGCAGCUGGUUUCAUUAAGCAUUCCCAUAGUCCCUUUUCAUCUCCAGUUCUCCUAGUCAGGAAGCAUGACAAUUCUUGGAGACUUUGCAUUGAUUAUAGGGCUCUUAAUGCUGUCACAAUUAAGGACAGAUUCCCUAUUCCCACAAUCGAUGAGUUGUUGGAUGAAUUAGGUGGCUCCACCAUUUUUUCAAAGUUGGACCUAAGAGCUAGCUAUCACCAAAUCAGGUUGCUACCCACUGAUUCUUACAAAACUGCCUUUAGAACACAUGAAGGGCAUUAUGAAAUUUUAGUUAUGCCCUUUGGAUUGACAAAUGCACCUGCUACAUUCCAAGCUGUCAUGAAUCAUCUCUUCAAACCUUAUCUCAGAAGAUUUAUUAUAGUUUUCUUCGAUGACAUAUUGCAAGCAAUUGAGUAUUUGGGACAUGUGGUAGAUGCCAAUGGAGUGAGUGCUGAUCCAAAGAAGAUUUCUGCCAUGCUCCAAUGGCCCAUUCCAAAAAAUAUUAAGCAGUUACGGGGUUUCCUUGGCCUCACUGGCUAUUAUCGAAGAUUUGUCAAGGGGCUUAAGCAUGCUAUGUCCCACACUCCUGUGUUGAGGUUACCCAAUUUUGAGGAAAUAUUUGUUUUAGAUACUGAUGCUUCCAACUAUGGUGUCGGGGUUGUUUUGCUUCAAGGAGAGCACCCCAUUUCUUAUUUUAGCAAAAAGCUAGGUCCUAGACUAGCAAGUGCUUCCACUUAUAUUAGAGAGCUAUAUGCUAUCACCACGGCUGUUAAACGUUGGCGCCAAUAUCUGUUGGGGUCCAAAUUCAUAAUCAGAACGGAUCAUAGAAGCAUCAAGGAACUUCUCUCUCAAACGAUCCAUACUACUAAACAACAAAAAUACUUGUGCAAACUGAUGGGAUAUUCUUUCCACAUUGAAUAUAAACCAGGCCAUUCCAACACAGUGGCUGAUGCAUUAUCUAGAAUCUUUGAUGAGGAUGCUGCUUUGCGAGUUUCCAUUUCUGAACCUGGGUUUGAUCUCCUUUCUGAAAUCAAACAUCAAAAUUUGCAUGAUCCUCAGUUAUUACAGUUGCAUCAGAAGUUAAGUGUCCAUCCCAAUAGUGAUCCUGAUUUGGUAAUUCGAGAAGGGGUGCUGUUUUACAAAGGUAAAUAUUUCAUUGGUUUUUCCUCAUCAUUAAUUCCUGUUCUGAUUAAAGAAGCUCAUUCUUCGUUAAUUGGAGGGCAUGCUGGUGUGUUGAGGACAUACUUGCGGUUAUCUGCUACAUUCUACUGGUUAUCUAUGAGGAAGCAUGUGAAAGAAUUUGUCCAAAAUUGCCACAUAUGUCAACAAGUGAAAUAUGAAACUUCAAAGGUGGCUGGCCUAUUGCAGCCUCUUCCAAUUCCAGAAGGCAUCUUUGAGGAUCUUUCUAUGGAUUUCAUUGUUGGAUUACCUCUUUCGAAAGGUUUCACUACUGUUUUGGUAGUUGUUGACAGAAUGUCUAAGUUUGCUUACUUUGGGCCUUUACCCACUUCUUUUACAGCUUCUACAGUAGCCACUCUAUUUUGUGAUUUGGUGGUACGAAUUCAUGGUUUCCCUCGUUCCAUCUUGACAGAUAGGGAUCAAAUUAUUUUAAGUAAAUUUUGGAGCCAUUUAUUCAAGCUAAGUGGUACUACUUUAAGGACAACUUCUUCCUACCAUCCACAAUCUGAUGGUCAAACAGAGGUGACCAAUAGAUACCUUGAGCAAUAUUUGCGUUUGUUUUGUUAUGAACAGCCCAGAACCUGGUGCAGUUUUUUGUGUUGGGCACAAUACCAUUACAACUCAGCUACUCAUUCUUCCAUAGGCAUGUCUCCUUACCAAGCAGUUUUUGGGAAGCCUCCCAUUAUGAUCCCUUUUUAUCCACGGGGUAUGAUCAAAUUAGAGGCCAUUGAUACCAUGCUGCAACAGCGAAAUGAUAUUUUGGUUCAACUCAAGGUACAAUUGCAGAGAGCUCAGAACCGCAUGAAGAUUCAAUUUGAUAAACAUCAUAAGGAGCGUUCAUUCAAUGUCGGAGAUAAAGUUUGGGCCCGUUUACAACCGUAUCGUCAGGUGACAGUUGAGAGAAGAGCCAAUCAUAAGCUUGCUAAAAGAUUCUUUGGCCCUUUUGAGGUUCUUCGCAGGUUGGGAGUUACUGCUUACGAAUUGCAGCUACCUCUAGGCAGCCAAAUUCACCCAGUAUUCCAUGUAUCUCAGCUGAAACCAUGUGUGGGUCCUCUGCCAAUUAUACCUCAUCCAUUACCUUCUUCAGCUGUGGAUAAUAAACCUGUUCAAGUUCCAAUAGCCAUCUUGGACAUGCGCCAUGUAUCCUGCCAAGGACAACAGCUGCGUGAAUUUCUGAUUCAAUGGUCCAACUCGGUUCCUGAAGAUGCAUCAUGGGAAAAAGAGCAUGAAUUGCGUCAUUGUUAUCCCUCUCUCGACCUUGAGGACAAGGUCAUUAUUGAAGGGGAAGGGAAUGUUAGGCUGAGAAGAUCAAAUAGGGAUAAAAAGCAUUCUAUCAAGUUAACUGAUUUUGUUGCUUGA